AUGAAAUCGAGAACGGCGCUAAGUGUUUACAGUUUGUUGUGGCUGCUGCCACUUGCAGCUGCCGCCGACUCUGGCAGCUUAUCCAAACAUGCGCGUAGCAAACGCACGCCCAUACCUUGGCUUAUAUUUCCAAGUACUUCGCCCACGCGUGUGCAGUUCAUAGGCGGCAUUGGCAUACCGCUGGAGGAUUUGGAGUAUGAAGCGGUGACCACAGGCUAUGUGCUCAAAGCGGAGUAUUGGCUGCCUGAGACGCCGGAUCAUCUGCGCACGCCCACAGCGCUGCCCAUAAACCAAGUGCCCACCUUGGGCUCGGUGGGCGCGCGUCGUCAACGUCCCAUGUUUGAAAACUUUUUGGUAGGCGCCGAUGAGCUGGGCAAGAGCACCAAGAAGCUGUUUACACGCACAAAUAAAGUGCUGAGCAGCUAUCGCUGGACUGUGUACAAAGCGCUCGAAGGGCUGGCCAAGCGUCUGGGCUACCAGGGGCGCAUUUGUGUGCUCAAAAGCAUUUGCGAGGCAGCCGAGGAGCCUUUUCACUUUAGCAAUGGACUCAUUGGCGAUUUGCUGCAUAUUGUGCUAACCCCCAGCUCAUCUGUGGACAAGCUAUCGGAGCAUGCAGAUAAUGAAUAUUAUUAUGCCGAAAAAGUUGGACAAACUGGCGCAGGCUGUGAGCGAGUUUUCAAGGAAUGUCGCCGCAGCUUGUUGCAACAUUUUAGUGAAAUGCAUGACAAUCUAGAUAAAUUAAUAAAUAUUUAG